AUGAGCGAGCAGGCAAGGCAGCAGUGGCAGAGGCAGCAGAAGGGCUUCUCGCGCUCCCGGCCGGCCGGCUCUGGGCCGCCGACUGCGCAUCGGCGCCCCCUUCGACCCAUCCCGGCCCUCUCGCCCCUCCCGGCGUCGAGGCUGGGAGGCCGCGGGCGAAGGCAGGCGGGGGCGAGGCUGGGGGGCCGCGGCCGAGGCCGAGCCGGCCGGCGAGGGAGGGUCGGGGUGGCGGGCAGCCGCGCCAGGGCCGCUCGAGGGGAGCCGCGGGCGGCGGCGGCGGCGGGGGGGAUGGCGGCGGGAAGCAUCACCACCCUCCCGGCCUUGCCCGACGACGGCGGGGGCAGCAGCGGCGGCGCCUUCCCGCCGGGACACUUCAAGGAGCCCAAGCGGCUGUACUGCAAAAACGGAGGCUUCUUCCUGAGGAUCAACCCCGACGGCAGGGUGGACGGCGUCCGGGAGAACGGCGACCCCCACAUCAAAUUGCUACUUCAGGCAGAAGAAAGAGGUGUUGUGUCAAUUAAAGGUGUAUGUGCAAAUCGUUUCCUUGCUAUGAAUGAAGAUGGCAGAUUGCUUGCACUGAAAUAUGUAACAGAUGAAUGCUUCUUUUUUGAACGCUUGGAAUCCAAUAAUUACAAUACGUAUCGUUCUCGGAAAUACCGUGAUUGGUAUGUUGCACUGAAACGGACUGGGCAGUACAAACCUGGACCAAAGACUGGACGAGGCCAGAAAGCUAUCCUUUUCCUUCCCAUGUCUGCCAAAUGCUGAUUACGGUGAUGUGGCCUACAAGGUAUGCC